AUGCGUGUCGUUUUCCAAACCUUUCCUUUAUUUCUUUUUCUAUUACUGCUACAAUUAACCCGCCCACUCCCACUCAUACCGUCACUUAUAAAUCCUAAGAAUCCACAUGCAAACUCGCAAGCCUAUGUUGAGACAUCAAACGUCACUAGCCAGUUUACAAUUUUCGCAUCGAAUAUCUCGAGUUGUCGGUUCAAAACAGCUGUGAUACCUUGCGAAUGUUUUCUUCAAGUUUCCAAUGACUAUCGGUUAGAGGAAAAUGGGAGAAUGCUUUCUAGUUUUGCUGUUUCCGCGCCAGACAUCAAAAUUUUCACGCCAAGCACGCACGAAAUGCUCAACGAACUGACAGUUCACAUUAUCCCGAAACUAUGUCGAGAAGACGUUUCGGAUAUUCAACUGGAAUAUCGUUCCUUUCAGGUGUUUCCCGGUGAAGAAGAAUCCAGUUGGAAGACUGUUAGCGCCGUGGCAAAAACGUUGAAGGACACCAAGACGAGUCUCAUUUUCGGUUGCAAGCAUUUCUCGGACCCCGGCUAUUAUCGCGUGUCCAUUCGACUUUCACUAGUCAAUUAUACGGUGCAGGCCGACAAAUGGAUUGUGGUGAAUCAAACAACUCAAAAUGCUCUUCGACUUCGGGAAGACAGCAUUUUUCCACACUGCAGUUCUGAUUAUAAAAUUGGCUGGGAUCUUUCUGAAUGCUCAAUGGACCAUUUACACUACCGGCUUCGAAUUCUAGCAGUUCCCGAAGGAGCAAAAAAUCACGACGAUGGAGCAGUUUAUAUCGAAGAAAUCGCAAUUGCUCCUGAAAUGAACUCUCUCAAAAUCAGCUGCUCCCAAUUUGACAUCAUCCAUGAGAAGUACUGUUUUGAGCUGGUAUCUGUGAAUCGGAACACAUCAGUAUCCCACACGUGGCACAGUGUAUGCGUCAGCACGGAACCAGUCGAAAGAAAAGUGGGUGGAUGGUCGGCAUGGAGCGAGUGGAGUGCGUGCUCCGAAACUUGUGGACUGGGGAGACAACGAAGAGUACGAUUCUGUAAUGAGCCAGUACCAAAAAGAUCCAAGUACUGUGAUGGACCACUUAUUGAAACGCAGGAAUGUAUGAUGACUAAGUGUCCAGAAGCUAUGAUGCCUCAGAGCUUAUCUACAAAUUGUUCUUGUGGAUGUCCACUUUCAAUUGAAGCCAGCUCAUUUUUCGCGUCAUCCAGACAUAGCAGAAUGUGUGAAGGCAAUCAAACUUGGACGCUACCUAAACUGGACGGUAUUAAAAUAGCAGACUUUACAAUCAAGAAGCAAGGAGAAGCAAAAGGGAAACUGUUCUUCUUUUUGCGAGCUCCAUAUCAGGAGCUAGUCUGGUCAUCUGAUUCUCAUCAGGAGUAUGAAUUUUCUCUUCCAAUGUCCACCCCGAUUUUUGUGGUUUUGUGGAGCAAAUCUAACGAUACUUCUAGAAUCACUCAAAUUGACGACGGGUUCACUGUAUCAUACUCAAUUAGAGAUGCAGAUUCUUCCCCGACAGUUGCCAAAAUUAAUUCUUGCCAACCAUUCUGUCCAGAAACUAUGGCAAUUGCAAUUAUGGCAAUUAUCUUCAUCGCUAUCAUAUUUAUACCACCUUUGGUCUGUGCUGCGGUAACAGCUUCUUUGAGGAGGAAUAGCUCUCCAGAGGUCCCGUUAAUGGAUAACAAGUAUGACUCCGAGAUGAUUCGUAGUGGUAACACAGAGAGUACACAUGUUAGCUCUAGAAAUUACGUAGCUAAACGAAGCAUUGGUAUACAAUUGAGCGUUCAGAGCACUCCGAGGACUGGUCGCGCGUGUCUCUCUUAUGAAUCUCCAGUUCCGCCACGUGGACAAUCUUCACUUAGUGAAUGUGAUGAACUUGAAUAUGACUAUUAUGAUGGUACAACUUUUCCGGGCAGUUUUUUGGCACCAGUGCAAGAUGUAAUGUAUUCACAAAUUGAUAUUGAUCAGAUAAUCGGACAUUCGGAACUCUUCAUCAACAAUGUGGAAAAAGCAGAUGUUCACACUCAAAUCUAA